AUGAAGUUGCUACUUCCAUCUCUGUUGUUAUGUCUGCUGUCUGGACCUCUGUGUGCAGAGCAUGCAACUGAUGACUGCCCCUGUUUGAAUAAAAGAGACUGUGACCCUCCGGUUAAAGACUUAGGACAUAGGAAAGAGGUGUUUGCCUUCAGUGAUGGCUCAACUGAUGUGGAAGCAUGGACUUGGGAAUCCAUCACUAGCCUUAUUGUUCCUUCCAGCUUCAAUAUUAGUAGCAAAGAAGAGGCCAACACAAUGUGCAUAACUCACAACAAGGGAAGGAAGUUUGGCAUAACAGUGGAGAUGGAUUUCUCAGGACAUGUAAAUCAUACUUCAGAAAAAGCUGUGGAGUGGGUGCAAUUUGUUGCCCAGCAACAGAAGCAAUGGCAUGCAGAAAUCAUCGCUGUCAACUUGGUUCCUUAUUUUUCCCAGGAUGCAAAUAGCUUCUGGCAUGACCAUGUUGCAUUAAUAAAAAUGUUGGUUGCCAUGAAGGCAAAAAUAGCAAAAGUGACAGAUAUAAUCAAGGUUGCUUGCAUUGUGUCAUGGAAACCACCCUGUGCUGAGAAGGAUAACUCCUGUGACUUCACUGAGUUGUCAACAGAUGUUUGUGACUUUUACAUUCUAAAUCCAGACAGUUUUACAGAUUUAGAUGAGGAGAAGUGUAGAGCCAGGCCAAACAUUCCACUCACUAAACUUCUGUAUGGUUUGUCUGAGUACAACUCUCACCAUGUUCCCAACAACAGAGUGAUUCUUGGUGUGUCCUGGCAUGGCUACGAUUACACUUGUCAGAGCCUCAUUGGUAAUGUUUGCAGUAUGUUGGAGGACAACAGUACCAAAUGUGACUUCAGUAUGAGGCGGAAACUGACUGCUGGAGAAAUCAUCCAGGAAAAUGUCACAGAAUUUUAUAGCCAUCAGUUUGAUAUGCUAUACACUGCUCCAUUCUUUAAUUAUUAUAAUUCAACAGAUCACCAUCAUCAUCAAGUUUGGUUUGAAGAUUCAACCAGCUUGACUUUGAAGUACAAUCUUGUUGCAGAGCUGCAGUUAAGAGGUUUAGCACUUCUGUAUGGGGAUGACCUGGGGCUGACCAGCGACUACUCUGACACUGAGAAAGCUCUGUGGACAUGGCCAGGACACACAGUCCUCUUGACAGAUUCCCCCAAAUCCCAGCCUGAUGUCUUUCAUUAUGCGGAUAUUGUCUCUGGCACGGCUGUCGGGUGCCUGCUGCUGGGAGCUGCUUUGGGAGUGAUGUUUGUGUGUGUUGGACUUCGCAAGCGAAUCAAAAAAGUGAAUGAACCAUUUGUCAGGGACAGACAAGCUGACGUACAGGACUACACAGAUGAUGAUUUCAACCUGUAA